AUAUUAAGCGUAGGUAUACAUUUGGGAGAAGAGAUAGGUGUACAUACAGUAAGAGAACACUUUCACUGUCAAGUAAGCGGUAAGUCUUAGAGGAAGACAAGAAGAAAUCCAUGGGAAGAGGUGGACAGAUGGUAGAGGGAGUAGGAACUAUGGUAUAGUGCAGUAUCGUUCUCCUCACUGUUAUUACAGGUAUCUUCGUGGUCACUUAUGAUGAUCAUCUCCAGCCGGCUAAAACCUUGCUCAAAAUAGUUUUGUGAGUCAGCCUCAUUGAAAGUUUUUCAAGAAAGAAGAAAAGUUCGUUAUUGAAGAUCUGGAUUAAUUAGACUUAUCUCUUGGAUCAUUUAUCAUCGAGGAAGAUAAUUGACAGAUAACCAAGGAAGGUCGAGAAUUUCCAUGGAAGUACGGCUAGCGAUAGCCAACUCAGAAUGAAAAGGACCGAUGUCGACCACCCAUUUCUAGUGCGCAGAGUUGAAAACAUUUAUUGUAGCCGACCGCCGGAUAUCGAUUUAUGACGAAGUUUGUAUAAAAGUCGUUUCGAAAGGAGAAAAAAAAUUAGGUCGGCUUUUGCAUCGAAAAAUAAAAAGAGAACUGUUACUUUAACCAGUAGUCGGUUCAUUAAUCAUUAUCAAAAAGUAACGAAGAGGAUGGUGUUCAGCACGAUAGUCAUAACGACGGCUUUGAAAGGUGCGUUAGGCUUAGUAGGGACUGGUCUUUGGUUGGUACCACUUCUUAUAGCUGCUCUAUCUUACUAUCAGUAUGAUCAGCUGGAUCCAGAAAGUCGACCUAUCGAUAGAUACCCUCUAAAUCCUGAAUACGAUUUUAUCGUGAUCGGUGGAGGAUCGGCAGGUGCUGUUGUAGCAAACAGACUCUCUGAAAUUUCAAAUUGGAACAUUUUAUUACUGGAAGCUGGACCGGACGAAAACGAAAUAACAGAUGUCCCCUCGUUAGCUGCCUAUCUACAGUUAACUAAGUUAGAUUGGAAGUAUAAGAUUGAAGCUACGGGAAGAGCUUGUCUCGCGAUGAAAGGUGGCCGUUGUAAUUGGCCACGAGGGAAGGUUCUCGGAGGAUCGAGCGUUUUAAAUUACAUGCUUUAUGUUAGAGGUAAUAGACACGACUAUGAUUAUUGGGAAGCCUUAGGUAAUCCUGGCUGGGGUUACAAAGAAGCGCUUUAUUAUUUCAAAAAAUCCGAAGACAAUAGGAAUCCCUAUCUUCGAAACAAUCCUUAUCAUUCAACGGGUGGUUACUUGACCGUUCAAGAAUCACCAUGGAUCACACCCCUCGCUGUGGCAUUCUUGCAGUCUGGUGUAGAAUUAGGCUACGAUUUGAGAGAUAUAAACGGGGAAUUUCAAACCGGUUUUAUGAUACCGCAAGGAACUAUUCGAAGAGGCAGCAGGUGUUCCACGGCAAAAGCUUUUCUUCGUCCUAUAAGGUUACGCAGGAACUUUCACACGGCUAUGAAUUCGCACGUGACAAAAAUUGUUAUCAAUCCUUUCACCAUGAAAGCUAUCGGUGUAGAAUUUGUGAGAAAUGGUCGUAAGCAAUACGUUCGAGCUCGCAAGGAAGUAAUUCUAUCAGCAGGUGCUAUAAAUAGCCCUCAAAUUCUUAUGCUCUCCGGUAUUGGACCAAAGGAACAUCUUCGUCAGAUUGGCAUACCUCUUUUGAAAGAUCUCAGAGUCGGUGAAAAUCUUCAAGAUCACGUAGGAAUGGGCGGUCUUACUUUCCUCGUCGAUAAACCGGUAGCGAUAGUUCAAAAACGUUUUUAUGGCGCACCAGUGACUAUGCAUUACGCAGCCAACGGAAAAGGACCUAUGACCACUCUCGGUGGUAUUGAGGGAUAUGCUUUUAUCAACACAAAAUUUGCCAACAAGUCUAUCGAUUAUCCUGACAUUCAAAUUCACAUGGCGCCGGCGUCGCUUAAUUCGGACGGUGGCGUACAAAUCAAAAAAGUUUUGGGAAUAAAAGACGAAGUUUACGACACUGUUUACGAUCCGAUUGCAAACAAGGAUGCCUUCACUUUCAUACCUCUUCUCCUCAGACCCAGAUCACGUGGUACGGUUAAACUAAAAAGCUCUAAUCCCUUUCACAAUCCAAUAAUUGACGCUAACUACUUCGACGAUCCGUUAGACAUAGCCACUCUCGUUGAAGGUGCGAAAAUAGCUGUUAAACUCGCCGAAGCGAAAGUUUUUAAACAGUUUGGUACUAGGUUACAUCGACUGAAGAUACCUGGUUGUCGACAUCUUAAAUUCAGUUCAGAUGCCUACUGGGAGUGUCAUAUUCGUCAUAUUUCCAUGACAAUUUAUCAUCCGGUCGGUACAACGAAAAUGGGACCUCAAAACGAUCCUACAGCAGUUGUGGAUCCUAGACUAAGGGUUUAUGGUAUCCGAAAUAUAAGGGUCAUUGACACCUCUAUAAUGCCGACGAUUUGUAGUGGUAAUACCAAUGCACCAGCUAUCAUGAUUGGUGAAAAAGGUGCAGAUCUCAUCAAGAGCGAUUGGUUAUCUUUCGACAUGAUGUUACGAAUAAUCAUUGUAUUAUCAUUACUUUCUUUAAUAUCUACGGUAAGAAGUGCCACAUUUUUCGAUCUUUUAAAAGAAUAUAAGGACAAGGAUGUACAAAUCAAGACGACUUAUUACCCUAAAUGGGAGAAAUACGAUUUUAUUAUAGUCGGAGCAGGUUCCGGAGGUUCGGUUCUCGCUAAUCGUUUAUCAGAAAAUAAAAAUUGGAAGAUCUUAUUGUUGGAAGCAGGUUAUCCGGAAAACUUGAUACAGCAGAUUCCUAUAUUCGUUAAUAUACUCCAAAUGACGGACUAUAAUUGGGGUUACAAUGUAGAACCUCAAAAUAAUACCUGUUUUGGAAUGAUCAAUCGGCAAUGUGCUUGGCCACGUGGAAAAUCACUUGGUGGAACCAGCACAAUUAAUUAUAUGAUUUUUACACGUGGCGACAAGUUAGAUUAUGAUUACUGGGCGGCCUUGGGCAACGAAGGCUGGUCUUACGAAGAAAUUCUACCAUAUUAUAUAAAGAGUGAAAAAUUCGACGUUCCUGAUAUUAUUAAUUCACCAUAUCACGGAAAAGAUGGAUACGUGUCCGUUGAAUACGUUCCUUUUCAUACCGAGUUAUCCACAACAUUUCUUGAAGCUGGUAAAAGACUCGGUUAUGAUGUUCUCGACUAUAAUGGCGAAAAACGAAUAGGUUAUUCAUAUUUACAACUCAACAUGGACAAGGGAGCGCGUUGUAGCGCUUCAAAAGCCUAUCUUAGAGUGAAACGACCUAACUUGGACAUCGUAACUGGCGCGAGAGUAACAAAAGUUCUUAUUGAUGAAAAUCGCCAAGCUUAUGGCAUCCAAUACAUCAAAAAUAACAAUAAAAAACUCGUAUUCAGCACGAAAGAAGUGCUUUUAUCCGCGGGUACGAUCGAUUCUGCCAAACUACUUAUGCUUUCGGGUAUAGGACCAAAGGAACACCUCGAAGAGCUGGAAAUUCAAGUGAUUCAAGAUUCUAAAGUCGGAUAUAAUAUGUACGAACAUAUUGGUUUCCUUGGUCUAACCUUCUUAAUAGAUCAACCCGUAUCUCUAUCACAAAGUAAAGUGUUUAAUCCGCACUCAUUAUGGGAGUAUGCGUUUAAAAGAAAUGGCUACAUCGCUAUACCUGGUGGUGCCGAAGCUUUGGCAUUUAUAAGAACGAAGUAUGCUCCAUCUGAAAAGCCGGACAUCGAACUUCUUUUUGCUUCAGGUUCGAUACAUUCAGACCAUGGUGUAGACAUUAAGAAGAAUAUACGAAUGACGGACGACCUUUAUAAUACGGUUUAUAAACCGAUCGAAAAUAGAGAUGGCUUAUCGAUCUGGCCGAUAAUUCAAAGUCCAAAAAGUGUUGGUCGUCUUACCCUGACGUCGAAAAAUCCUUUCGUACCACCCAAGAUAGAGCCUAAUUUCUUUUCUCAUCCUGACGACAUCGAAAUCUUACUUGAAGGUAUAAAACAUGCCAUCAACGUAUCUAAAACGGAACCUUUCCUUGCAUACAAUACUCGAUUACACGAUAUCAAAAUACCCGGCUGCGAAUUCUAUGAAUUUAAUACCGACGAUUAUUGGCGAUGUGCUAUCAAAUAUUUACCAUUUAUGAUGAAUCACGAGAUAGGAACCGUCAAAAUGGGACCCAAAACUGAUCCCUAUGCUGUUGUUGAUUCACGUUUAAGAGUUUAUGGUAUAAAAAAUCUCAGAGUAGUCGAUGCAUCUAUUAUGCCCACUAUACCAAUCGGCCACGUAAAUGCUGGUAUCUUCAUGAUCGGUGAAAAAGCUGCUGAUAUGAUCAAACAAGAUUGGUCGAGAGACGCAACAGGAAAUAACUAGCUAGUUAGUUCAUUCGACUAACACGCAUAGUAAACUCGAAGUAAAUAUUACGUCGAUGUAUGAUUACAUUGGUCAAACACGUUCAUGGUAUAAUUGUUUCUCAUUUAUGAUCUACUUUGUCCUUGAGCUCAUGCAAGUGCUAUCCAAUAUAUAAUAUACGAAUAUACGAUUAAUAAAUAAAUCCCGAGUUUUAUUCUUUACGUCUAUACAAUCGUGUUCAAUCUAAUAAAAUAUGAAAUAUUCGACGUCAUCGAUAAUCCCCAAAGCGAUAAUUCACAUAAUUGAUUCAUCGAAUGUUUUAUUCGCAAUAACAAGUGCCACGAAGCGAUAAGGAAAUAAAUUUUUUUACGUAUAUAUUAACAUAUAUCAUAUAAACUAAAAUGUGGUGGAUAUUAUAUGUUCGAGGAAAAAAAAAAAAAAAGAAAAAUGCGAAAAAUAAUUUUAUUUUUAUAAACUCUUUUUUAGAAAUAAUCGUAAUAAUAUAAAAUGUUAACAGUGUUAAAUAAAAUAUUUCAAUAA